AUGACCGGGAAAACUAUCACUCUAGAAGUAGAGUCGAGUGAUAAAAUUGUCCAAGUUAAAGAAAAGGUACAAGAUAAAGAAGGCAUUCCCCCUGAUCAGCAAAAAUUUAUUUUCGCUGGCAAGCAAUUGGAAGAUGGACUAACCUUGUCAGAUUAUAACAUCCAAAAGGAAUCUACAAUGCAUCUUGUACUUAGAUUACGUGGUGGAAUGUUUCAUGAAACUAGCGGCCGCACAGGAUUUAAUGAAUUAUCACCGCUCCCUCAACCUAAAGAACGCACAAUUCCUGAGAAAACCGUU